AUGACGGUCAAUGGAUGUACGGAGCAGCUUUCAUCCCCCGCAGACUUGCGGGCAAAAUCUCAUUCGUGGGCUCGGUACGGCACAGGUUAUGUUGUAUUAAAUAUGUAUGCGCGUUAUAUGGGGAUUGUUGGUCAAUGGCUACGGACUUUACGAACGGAGGGAAGAUCAGCGGAUAACCUUUCAACGGUCAAUCGCGACUUACGGAUCCGGAGUAAUAAGAUCGAAUCAAUCUGA